CCAUAUUCAAAAUUCUCAUCUCAUCUCCAUCCUCAUCAUCAUAACUUCAUCUCCUCAAAAUGAAAGCCUUCCUCUGGGCCUUUGCCCUCACCUCCGCCAUCUGCGCUCGCGCAAACGAAUGGCACGCGUACUACCGCCUCAACCCCAACGAAUACCAGACUAAAUUCGACUCAAUGGUCUCGCAAGGCUACCGUGUCAACUCCAUCAGCGGCUACGAGCGCAACAACGAGCCAAACUACGCCGUCAUCUUCGAGAAGAACCCCUGCAGUCCCGCCUGGCGCUCUCACUCCGGCCUCACCUCAGACGCAUAUCACGCCAAGUUUGAAGAAUAUCUUGACCAGGGAUACCGUGUGUCGCAGGUGAAUGGGUACACGGUGAACGGAAAAGACUACUAUGCUGCUAUUUGGGACAAGACGUCGAAUAGCAGUGCUGCCUGGGUAUCUCGACAUGGGAUGUCGACGGGUUGGAUGCAGAAGUAUUUCGACACGUAUCUGGAGCAGGGAUACACGCUUACCCAUGUGAGUGGGUAUGAGGUUGGAAAGGAAGCGCGGUAUGCAGCUGUCUGGGAGAAGAAGAACGAUGGCGCCAAGUGGGUUGCUGCUGGGAAUUUGACGUCGACCGAGUAUCAGGAUCGGUUUGAUAAAUAUGUCAAUGAGGGUUAUCGGCUGGUGGAUGUGGAUGGAUACGAAGUGGAUGGAGAGGUGUUUUAUGCUGCCAUCUGGGAUAAAUCGGCGUCAGGGCCUUGGGUGGCUAGGCAUGGGAUGGAUUCGCCUUCGUUCCAGGCUGAGUUUGAUAAAUAUCGGGCGGAGGGAUAUGUGUUGAAGACGCUGAGUGGGUAUAAUGUGGGUAAAAAGGAUUGGUAUGCUGCUAUUUGGGUGAAGCCCUGAUCUAUUCUAUCAGUCUAUAUAUUCUAGUCAAUAGUGUUAUAUUAAUCAACAUGAAGCCUUUACAGGCACCUUCAACGACAGUUGAUUAGCAUUCUCUCCUCUCGCCUCUACCUGGACCUGCUUUGCUG